UUCAGGCUGUGCUACUAAACUUGGGCUUUAGGCUAGACUCUUGACUUCUGCCACUAUGAGUUGUGGCAUUAAGUCUUCAUCUAGCUCUUCUAGAAUUAUUAGUGGUGGGGGUGGUGGUGGUGGUGGUGGAGGAGGAAGAUGUGUUGGGUACUCCUCAGUCUCUUCUAGGAAAUAUACUUCCUCUGGAAGAAGCGGUGGUGGAGGAGGCUUCUCUGGUAGAAGCUACAGUGGUGGAGGUUCUAGGAGCAGUUACGGAGGGGGAUUUAGCAGUGGCAGUUGUGGAAGGAUUAGCCGUUCCUGUUAUGGAGGGCGAAUAAGUGGGGGAAGCUUUGGACCAAGUGGUGGUGGUAUCUGUGGGGGAUAUGGUGGUGGUGCUGGAGGAUUUGGAGGUGGUGGUGCAGGAUUUGGCGGUGGUUAUGGAGGUGGCCUUAGUCCAUGCGGCUUUGGAGGCAAUGGUGGCUUUAGUGGUGGUGGCUUCAGUGGUGGUAGUUUUGGCGGUGGUGGCUUCAGUGGUGGUAGUUUUGGCGGUGAUGAUACUGGCUUCCUUUCCAACAAUGAAAAGAUGACCAUGCAGAACCUUAACGAACGCCUGGCAUCUUACUUGGACAAGGUGCGACAUUUGGAGGAAGAAAACGCUAACCUUGAACGUCUAAUCAGGGAGUGGUAUCAGAACCACGGUCCUCAAUAUGGAAGAGACUACAGCCAGUAUUAUGGACCAAUUGAAGACCUUCAAAAUCAGAUUAUUUCUGCAACUGUGGAUUUUAACAAGGUCCUUCUGGACAUUGAUAACACUAGGAUGACUGCUGAUGACUUUAGAAUUAAGUAUGAAACUGAAUACAGUCUCCGCCAGAAUGUGGAGGGUGAUAUUAAUGGCUUACGCCCCAUAUUAGACCAGCUGACCUUAGCCAGGUCUGACCUGGAGGCACAAUAUGAGUCCCUGAAGGAGGAAUUGAUUUCUCUGAAAAAGAACCAUGAAGAGGAAAUGAGAGGACUGCAGUCACAGUCUGGUGGUGAUGUCAAUGUGGAGGUCAAUACUACCCCUGACAGUAAUCUGAUGCAAAAACUAAAUGAAAUGCGAUGUGAAUAUGAACAGAUCAUUGAAAACAACCGUAAAGAGGUGGAAAGAUGGUAUGAAACUAAGAUGGAAGAGGUUAAUCAGGAAGUCCACACCAGUGGUCAAGAGAUACAAUCAAGCAACCACCAGGUCUCGGAGCUGAGACGUGAAUAUCAGACACUGGAAAUUGAGCUCCAGUCUCAGCUCAGCAUGUUACAGUCCUUGCAAUCCAACUUGGAGGACACAGAACGCCGUUAUAACAUGCAGCUGCAACAGAUCCAGAACACGAUUACCACUGUGGAAGAAGAACUGGCCAGUAUCCGAUGUGAAAUAGAGAGUCAAAACUAUGAAUACAAGAUGCUACUUGACAUCAAGUGCCACCUGGAACAGGAGAUAGCUCAAUACCGGGCAUUGCUUGAGGAAGGACAGCAAGACAUUGGAAACCAACCAGGAGGAAGAGGAGGUGGUGGUGGCUCUUCUUAUGGAGGAAUAAGAGGAGGGAGCAUAGGAGGAGGUGGUAGCAUUGGAGGGGGGACCACUGGAGGGACCUGCAUCGGAGGAGGCAUAGGAGGAGGCAUAGGAGGGGGCAGCAUCGGAGGGUGUGGAAUAGGAGGAGGUGGUGGUAGUGGAGGCGGUGGCUCCUGUGUUAUUUCAGGGGGAGGAAUAGGAGGAGGUGGUGGAAGAGGAAUUAAAAUUGCAGGAGGUGGUGGUGGAUUUUCCCACUCCUACUCUUCAUCUUCCCAUGGCAUCUCCUCAUCUUCCUAAUCCCAGUCUUGCAAGAGCCAUGGAGAAAGCCAUGGGUAUGGAAGAAAUUCCUAACCAGAGAUACUAAUGAUUCUCCAGCUCAGUACUGUUCAAAGAGAAAGUUAAAGUGUGUUGUCUACGUUGUCUGCAUGACUGAACAAAGAACAAGGAGAAAAGCUCCUAACAGUUACUUAGCAGUGCUUCUGCAAUCUGUCCCAAGGGGCCCAUCACAGCUGUUGAGAUGGGCCACCUUCUUGCCUAUCACACUCUAUGCCCUUUCCAUCUGCAAUGCUCUAUGGGUUCAAUCAUUGUUAUCUGAGUUAAGGUGUACCAUGCACAAUAAUCUACCUUUUGGUGAAAAAAAUUCUCUAAUAAAACUUUAUUUCUGUCUAAUGCAACCAGGAA